GUACUAUUAUUAUUACAGACAAAAUUACCGGUUUCUUUGUUUAUAACAAAUCUUGUUUUAUAUUGCUGUUGAAUAAUGAGCAGAACAGGAAACUUAGUAUGGAUUUCGUAGCCCUUGGAGAUAGUCUGAUAUUCAGGUGACCGAUAAGGCCUGUGGGCCUCUGUUAUAAUAUCCUAGUCAACAAUGGAAAACCCCUUUGUAUAUUUUUAACCUAUGACGUCACCUAUCUACUAGUUUUGCGGAUGUAAACAGAAAGGAUCGUUCCGUAAUUCACGAAAAUAAACACUGACUCGUAUAGAAUACAUGUUGUAUCCCGCAAUGCCACAUUAAAGAUAGAUCUUCAAGUUACAGAAAGUGAGGUUAUUGUGAAAUUCUCAGUGAUAGACAUUGCAGAGAUCGAAAAACCAUGGCAAGCAAAGACGUAAUGGGGCAUUGUUGUUUCAUUGAAUGCAAAAGGGAUCCACUUUUGAUUACAGACGGGCGGACGGAUGUAAGAGCAUACUGCGUAGAUAAAUGUGAACAGAAAGGAUUCAAAGUCAAGUGGGAUGAAAAUGGAAUGGCCAUGUUCCAUAUCGACUGUUGGAAUUCUCUGUGGAGAUCGGCCUGUGCGAAAAGCCCAUCCAGCAUCAUCGUAGUUCUGCCGGAAAUGGAGAAAGACAUGAUACGCGAAGCCGCUAAAACUGCAGAAACUCACCAUUCCUUAAAAAAGAUCAAGGAGGAGGGCGAACGAAUUGCUCAACUCAUCAAAAAAUCUAACUAUUGCAUCGCCUUCACUGGUGCUGGAAUAUCAACAGCGGCCGGAAUUGGGGACUUUCGAGGAAUUCACGGCAAAUGGACCACGCAAGACAAAGUCAAACAAUACGGUCAAAGGGGUUUAUCUAAAAAAGGAGGCUACAGACUUGCAGACUUACGUCCUACGUACACACACGAGGCCUUGUUAAAACUAGUGGAGCUGGGAUAUAUCAAAUAUGUCAUCAGUCAAAACACAGACGGCUUGCACAGACUUUCCGGAAUACAAGAAUCCAUGAUAUCUGAACUACACGGUAAUGCAUUUUUGGAGAAAUGCGAAAAAUGCGGCAAACGUUAUGAGAAGAAUACCAGAUGUAAGGCACAGUCUACCUCUGUUCCUCCCAAAGUGUGCGAGCGGUGCCACAUAAAUCACCGAACCGGGGGCGUGUGCAUGAACCAGAAAUGUGGAGGGUAUCUGAUGAACACAAUCAUCAACUUCGGAGAUUACUUGGAGGAAGAUGUACUAGGGAACGCAGUCCACCACGCAGAACGGGCGGAUCUCGUCAUAACUCUUGGAUCCACACUUCAAGUCUCCCCAGCGAACUCUUUGGUGGAAAUGGGGGAAAAACCAACCCGUCUAGUUAUUUGUAACAGACAAGGCACCCCCUAUGACGCCGUCUGUUGUGACAUGGAGGAGGAUGGAAGGUCUAUGCUAGGGUCCCGCGUGUUUGGCGACUGUGAUAAAUUGAUGUCAGAUAUUAUGAGACAUAUGCUUUCGAAAGAGGAACUGCAAGAUUGGGAAGGACGGCGUGAAGAGAGACUAGUCACCUACGAUCUGAAACGCAAAUUGUAGAUUUCUAACAUGUACAUGUCUUAAAUUUCUACGUCAUUUCAAGAGAAUCAAUUAAUGUUGAAAAAGAUAUGUUUUGUUGUUUGUUUUCUGCUCACUGACUAGAACUUAUAUAUUUACGUUAUUCAAAGUUCAUUGUCUCGCUUAGUGUAGUGAGUAAUGAAACAAUGCCCUACUGGUAUUGUGGACCUUUGGAUUUUAGAAAAUUGCACUUGUACAAAAUAUUUUCAGAUACAUUGUAUCUUAUUUGUGUAUCGGUUAUCUUGGAAUUUUUUUAUCUAAAAUAAUUAUAUUUAGUGAUGUAAAAUACAGUUAUAGAAUGUGUAUGAGGAAAAUAGCAAAUACCCCCACCCCCAUCCCUAAUAAAGUGGUUAUUUCUUGAGACAGCGAGCAAUUUGAUUGGUUAAAAAUAUCACGAUAGACUCGGAGUUGUCCCAGGGAUGAGCACUGAUUUUGCAGAGUGGUGAAUAUAGUGGAUUUUCAAGGAAAUGGACAGUAACUUUUAUAUAGAGAAAAAUCAGUUGAGGUAUAUACAUGUACAAGUUAUGCAAAAGAGGCGAAAAUUUGCCACAUAACAAGUGCAUAUCCUAAAUACUCACAGUGUACAAUGUUUUCAGUAUAAUGGUAAUUGUUGAUUUUGAUAUUAAAAUUAUAUGAAAGACA